AGGCGGACCAAAUGACGCACAUUUCAAUCGACCUCCACUGCGAAGUACACAGAAGAUGACCUACUUGCACACAGUUUUUGUUUAACUCGUAGUCUUGCAUUUUAAAGUAUGACAUUCUUAUUCAUACAAGAUUGUUAACGAUAUAUAGGCGUUUAUGUCGACCACGUUGUCAAGUUAGCCACUUACGCCCAUUGUCAGCAUGACAGUUCCAGCUUUGCAAAACACCAGUGUGAUUUACAGAAGGAUCUUGUCACAAUUUCCACAAGAUAUCAGUUUAGCUUUUGCCUAUGGCUCGGGUGUUUUUAAACAACAGGGAACCUCUCAAGGCCAAAUGGGGAAGAACAUGGUGGACUUUGUAUUCGCAGUAGACGAUCCUGUGACAUGGCACACCAUGAACCUCUUGCAGAACCGCAAACACUACUCCGUCCUCAAGUUGCUGGGCCCAAGAAAGAUCAGCUCCAUUCAAAGUGACCACGGGGCAGGAGUGUAUUAUAACACACUGGUGCCCGUAGAUGGAAGGGUUAUCAAAUAUGGCGUGAUCAGUACAGAGUCUCUAAUAGAGGAUCUGAUGCACUGGAAGACCCUGUACAUUGCUGGACGCUUGCAUAAACCAGUGAAGAUGCUGGCUCAGAGUGACAAUGGCAAGCUGCGUGCUGCUCUGGUGGGCAACCUGAAGAGUGCGGUGACGGCCUCCUUCCUCAUGCUGCCCGAGAGUUUCUCAGAAGAAGACCUCUUCCUGCAGAUAGCCGGCCUCUCCUAUGCUGGGGAUUUCCGAAUGGUGAUAGGAGAGGAUAAGUCAAAGGUGGCAAAUAUUGUCCAAGACAACAUGCAGCACUUUCGGAUCCUGUACACCAACAUCCUGCAGGACUGCCCUCAAGUGGUCUAUAAGCCUCAACAGGGGAAAUUAGAGGUGGACAAGAGCCCUGAGGGCCAGUUUGUCCAGCUGAUGACUCUGCCACGGACGCUCCAGCAGAGGAUCACCCGCUUAGUGGACCCGCCCGGGAAGAACCGUGACGUGGAGGAGAUCCUGCUGCAGGUGGCCCAGGACCCAGACUGUGGAGCCGUGGUCCAACAAGCCAUCUCCUCUAUUGUGAAAUCCUCCAGCAUUACGCAGAGUGCCAAAGGCAUUGCCACAGCUGGCAUGUGGAAAUCGGUGUCGUACAGUGCCAAGAAGCUGAUGAAGAUGUGGAGGGGAUGGAGGAGGAAGCACUCUGUCCCACAAGUGUCCUGAUCACCCCUCCCCCCGUCGGAUAGGUUGUCUGACCAGCAUGUGACUGUGUGCUCUUAGGCAGGACACCACACCUGCUUUAGUCUUUGUACCUGCACCUUUGACCUUCACCUGAACUCCAGUUUGUUGUUCAGGACUCCUAUUGGAUUACAAAAGAUGCAGUUUCAACAGACCUCUUCUGCAAAAGGACUCACUGCCGAAGGAAGACAUACUCACAAAUCUGGAAGAUGUGUGAAUACUUAUUUAUGUUUUUAUUUCGUAAUUAUGAAUGAUGUUGCCGUAGUAAAAUGUGGACAACUGCAAAAUGAAAUUAAAAUUAUAAACAAUAUAAACAAUUAUUGAAUAUCAUAUAAUUACAAUUCUAACUACAAUUUACACUUGAGUUAGUGUAUUUUGCUUUUGGAUAUUCGCCUACCUCUACAACACAAGAACCUAAACAUGAUUACAAUAGAGAGGAGAAAGAUGGUCACAGCAGCCAACAGAGUCAUCAUUACAUCUAUAGAGUAGUAAGAAUACCAGGGCAUCCUGUAAGACUCAGUACGAAGGUGGGGUGCACCUUUGUGGCGCAUCACAUACUCUGUCCAGAAGAUGGCAUGCUCCAGGGGGGGAAUCGGCUGGUCUCUGUGCAGACGGGACAGUCUCUGCAUAUUGUUUCUGUAACUGUCUUGGUGGAGCACUUCCCCAAGUCCCUGCUCAAAGGUGCGACCGUUGACUUCAGCCAGUUUGAGGAUUUUUCCCGCUCCCCUCUCCUGCAGACGGAGCAGGUUGUCAUACUGGUCAAAGAACAGCGGUAUGCCCAGCACUGGUACCCCGUAGUAUAUGGCCUCCUGGACUCCAUUGGUUCCUCCGUGAGCCACAAACACCUUGGUCUGAGGGUGGCCCAAGAGGUCCUUCUGGGGCAUCCAGUCCACUAUCAGUGUGUUGUUGCCCAGAGUGGAGGGACGCUUUCCAAUGUUCCGCCAAAUCACCUGUUUGAAAAGAAAAUUAAGAAUGAUUACAAACAUAGUACUACACUCUCAUACUGGUGAUACUUGUGGUUAUAAUGUAAAAAAGUAAAAUAAUGGAUCGAUGGUGUCUCUAAGCAAACUGAAUACAGCGAGCUAGAUUUUGUCUUGUGGGGUUGAAGUUGAAAUGUUACAGGAAUAUAUCUCGCUGGAUGUGUGGUGGUAUGCCAUUUUUGGAGAUGUAGAGCACUACACAUUCACCAUUCAAUACAAUAAAUAAAUAUCACCUUUUGAGGCAUCUUUGCAAAGACGCUGGCGAUCUCCUCUGCAAUAUCAUCUGGUAAUGCGUUCACUAAAGUACCC